GACACCGGAAGUGUUGCGUAGUUUCUGUACACUUGCUCCGUGUGUUGAUCGUGUUUAUGUCGUCACGGCGGCUCACUAGCAGCGUUUAGCUACAAAAACAACAACAAAAACAACAACAAGGUGUUAAAAACUAAUCCAAGAUGCCGAAGGUCGUGUCCAGAAGCGUCGUGUGCUCGGACACCCGGGACCGGGAGGAGUACGACGACGGGGAGAAGCCGCUGCACGUCUUCUACUGCCUGUGCGGGCAGAUGGUGCUGGUGCUGGACUGCCAGCUGGAGAAGCUCCCCAUGAGGCCCUGGGACAAAGCCCGGGUCAUCGACGCCGCCAAGCACGCACACAAGUUCUGCAACGUGGAGGUGGACGAGACCGCGUACGUGAAGCGGGCCGAGGGCAUCGAGAGGCAGCGCCGCAAGAAGUGCGGCAAGUGCGGCCUGCUGCUCUUCUACCAGCACCUGGAGAAGAACAGCCCGGCCACCUUCAUCGUGGACGGCGCCGUGGUGAAGUACAGCCUGGGCUACGGAGGCACCAGCGUGUACAGCACCAAGCCCGAGCCGCCCAAGAAGGUGCGAGUCAUGAUGACCAAGAGGACCAAGGACAUGGGCAAGUUCAGCUCCGUCACCGUGUCCACCAUCGACGAGGAGGAGGAGGAGAUCGAGGCCCGGGAGGUGGCCGACUCGUACGCCCAGAACGCCAAGGUGAUCGAGAAGCAGCUGGAGAGGAAGGGCAUGAGCAAGAGGAGGCUGCAGGAGCUGGCCGAGCUGGAGGAGGCCAAGAAGGCCAAGAUGAAGGGGACGCUCAUCGAUAAUCAGUUCAAGUAGACUAGUGUCACUGAGGGAGGGAGGGACACACAUAAACACACACACACAGACAGACACACACACAGGGCAUGAGCAAGAGGAGGCUGCAGGAGCUGGCCGAGCUGGAGGAGGCCAAGAAGGUGAAGAUAAAGGGGACACUCAUCGAUAAUCAGUUCAAGUAGACUAGUGUCACUGAGGGAGGGACACACACACAUAAACACACACACAGACAGACACACACACAGGGCAUGAGCAAGAGGAGGCUGCAGGAGCUGGCCGAGCUGGAGGAGGCCAAGAAGGUGAAGAUAAAGGGGACACUCAUCGAUAAUCAGUUCAAGUAGACUAGUUUCACUGAGGGAGGGACACACACACAUAAACACACACACAGACAGACAGACACACAGGGCAUGAGCAAGAGGAGGCUGCAGGAGCUGGCUGAGCUGGAAGAGGCCAAGAUGAAGGGGACGCUCAUCUACUACUACUCAGUUCAAGUAGACGAGUGUCACUGAGGGAGGGACACACACACACACACACACUGACUGUUGACCUGUUUCCAUCCAUGGAUCCUGCAGCUUUGACCUGAUCUGUUCAGCUUGUCUGGAGUAACAUCACCUUUUUAUAUACGCUUCACAUAUCUGGACACACAGAGAAAAAAAGGACUGAUGAAGAGGGUGUUACAUGUUUUUCGAUCCUGGAAAGAAGUUGUAGAUGUUUUGAAAUGUUAUUUUUUACUAAAUUAAAAAAACAAAUACACCU